AUGGCUCCAUUUGAGGCUCUUUAUGGAAGGAGAUCUCCUAUAGAAUGGUUUGCGGUGGGUGAAGUUGCUCUUAUAAGUCGAAUAUUGGUACAUGAGGCCAUAGAGAAGAUUUGUUUUUAUUUGAGAGAUGUUGAGAACAGCCCAAAGUCGCACAAGUCUUACGUCAAUUUUAGGUUGUUGGAUCUUGAAUUUGAGGUUUAUGAUUGGGUUUAUUUGAAAAUCUCACCCAUGAAGGGUGUUAUGAGGUUUGUGAAGAAAGGAAAGCUUAAUCCCUAUUUUGUAGGACCAUAUGAUAUUUUGAAGAGUGUUGGUAAAGUUGCAUAUGAGCUUAAUUUUCCAAAUGAGUUGGCAUCGGUGCAUCCAGUUUUCUAUGUAUCUAUGUUGAAGAAAUAUGUUGGCGAUCCAACAUCCAUAGUUUCCUUAGAAGGUAUUGAAAUUAAAGAGAAUCUUUAUUAUGAAGAGGUGUUGGUUGAGAUUUUAUACCGGAAAGUCAAAAAGUUGAGAGAUAAGGAAGUUUCUUCCGUAAAAGUUCAAUGGAGGAAUCAUUUAGUUGAGGGUGCUACUCGGGAGGCCAAGUCCGAUAGGAUGUCUCAAUAUCCUCAUCUAUUUCUUUCUACUCCUACUCUAGCUUGA